AUGCGCAGAAUGCUCGGCAUUACGCGCAUAUCCAUGCCUAGCCGCAGGCGAGUUCUGCCCGUGCUCCUUUUCCUGAUUUUCGCCGGCUUCUAUAUCCAUUCCUGGGCUGGUGCCCAUGUGCCGUAUCCUGGCCUCACCAAGCUCCCCGCGCACAAGACAAAAACGCUCGAUACGCACCCCAUCACCCAGCUGAUUUCGAACGCCACUAUACACUUCGAGAACCUGCUUAGAGAACGAUCCCUCACACUCCAAGAUGCUGCAAAGCGAUACCGACUGCGCCGCGGCCGACACCCUCCCCCAGGCUUUGACGCCUGGUUUAAACAGGCCAUCAAGGAUGACGCUAUCGUGGUGGAAAGCUUCUUCGACAGAAUACACCACGACAUCAAUCCACUAUGGGCAUUAGACCCUCGGCAAAUGCGCAUGCAAAGCGCCUCGCAGCCCCAGGUCAUCAAGAUCCGAAACAAGAAAGUUUCCAUGGUCACCGACGACCCUGACCGACAGCCAUGGAUCCAACACUGGGCAGCCUUGGUGAAAAAAAUGAUGCCCAACUUACCCGACUUAGACAUGGCUGUCAACGUCAUGGAUGAAACGCGCAUCUUGACGCCGCGGGAAACCAUCAGUAAAUACAUGGAGCUUGAGCAACAAGGUCGCGAGCUCAUUGCGCCCGAGGAAGCCUUGAGCAAGUACAACAGCCUGCAAGACAUAGACAGUCAAAGCCUACAAGCCUUCAGCUUCGACCCUGCUUGGAUAUCAGACCAGGCAUCCUCCUACUGGAACUACUUUCGCGAGACCUGUCCGGUCGACAGUCCCGGCCGAAAUGUUAGCGCUCUCGAGUCCUUUAACGUGCCUGUCGAGUACCCGAGCGAGCAGAUGCCUUACGCCUAUCACGGCUUUAUCCAAAAUUUUACCCAGGCCCAAGACCCCUGCCUGCAGCCGCACAUGCGUAGCCUCCACGGCACCUUUAUCGAGAGCGUGAGCAUGUCCACCACACAGACCCUCUUCCCGCUCUUUGCUGGCUCUAAGCUGCCAACAAAUAAUGAGAUCCUUAUUCCCGGCGCCAUGUACCUCUCCUCGCGCGCCUUUUACAACGGCGGUUGGAGUAGCGGUGGAAAAUGGUCCGAUAAGACGGACGCCCUCGUGUGGCGCGGGACCGCCUCGGGUGGCCGCAACAAGAUGGAUAACUGGUGGCACUUUCACCGCCACCGCUGGGUGCAAAUUAUGAACGGCACCACGGUCGCCCGUGUCGAGGCCGGCGACGCCGCUGCCGCCCCAACCUUUGACCUGCUCUCGGCUGCCAACUAUAGCCUCCCCCAGAACAUGGACGGCCAUAUCGGCACGUGGCUCGCCAACUUCUCCGACGUGGCCUUUGUCCACCUCGAGUGCUUCCCCGAGCCACCCAAGAAAUACAAAGGCACCUGCUCGUACACUGGCGAGCACCUGGGCAUCGCCAAGCCCAUGCCCAUGAAGCAGCAGUACCGCUACAAGUACCUGCCCGAUGUCGAUGGGAACUCGUUUAGCGGCCGUUGGCGCGCGUUUCUCAAGUCAACAAGCGUGCCGCUCAAAGCCACCAUUUACGCCGAGUGGCAUGACGACCGCAUGGUGCCGUGGGUUCACUUUGUGCCAUUUGACAUGUCGUACAAGGACAUAUACGCCGUCAUGGAGUACUUUCUCGAUGGCCGCGACGCGCAGGCCGAGGUCAUUGCCACAGAAAGCAGCAACUGGGCAAAUGCGGUAUAUCGGAAUGAGGAUAUGAAGCUCUAUGUCUGGAGACUGUUGCUGGAGUAUGCGCGCGUCGUCGACGAUAAUCGCCAACGUCUUGCAUUUGUGGACGAUUUACGAAACAAAGACUAA